AUGCCCUCUGGUGGAUCCCAGCUUAAUGCACAACUCGAGGGCUGGUUAUCUCAAGCACAAUCUACAGCUGGUCCAGCUAGAGCCAUUAUAGCACCGCACGCUGGCUACACUUACUGCGGCGCAUGUGCCGCCCACGCCUACAAGCAGGUGGACCCCUCCAUCACUCGGAGGGUGUUCAUACUCGGCCCCUCUCACCAUGUGCCGCUGUCUCGCUGUGCCCUCUCCCCCGCCGAGGUCUACAGAACGCCACUGUAUGACCUGAGGAUCGACCAGAAGGUUUAUGCUGAUCUGUGGAAAACAGGCCUGUUUGAGAGGAUGAGUCUGCAGACAGACGAAGAUGAACACAGCAUUGAAAUGCACCUGCCUUAUACCGCUAAAGCCAUGGAGAGCCAUAAAGAUGAGUUCAGCAUCGUCCCUGUGCUGGUGGGAGCUCUGAGUGAAUCUAAAGAGCAGGAAUAUGGCAAGCUGCUUAGCAAAUACCUGGCUGAUCCUUCUAAUCUUUUCAUCAUCUCCUCUGACUUCUGCCACUGGGGUCAACGCUUCCGUUACACCUACUACGAUGAAAGUCAAGGAGAGAUCUACAGAUCUAUCGAGCACCUUGACAAAAUGGGAAUGGGAAUUAUAGAACAGUUGGACCCCAUCUCCUUUAGCAAUUAUUUGAAGAAAUAUCAUAAUACUAUUUGUGGUCGCCAUCCCAUCGGCGUUCUUCUAAAUGCCGUGGCGGAACUGAAAAAGAACGGCAUAGACAUGAACUUCUCUUCCCUAAACUACGCGCAGUCGAGCCAGUGCCGAAACUGGUCGGACAGCUCUGUGAGUUACGCUGCUGGAGCUCUCGUCGUUCAUUGAGGUGAACUUUCCCAGGAGCCACGGAGCCUCCUAGAAGACCCCAGCCCCUCCCACCUGUCCCGUUCCUGACCACGUAUCCCCAUCCUCCCCCGCCUCUUCUAUAGGAAGGACAUACAAAGUUUGUCGCAGCUGGGAAUCUUCAUACAUACCCCGAAUCCAGAUUUAACGUUAGAUACUAACCUCCUCUUCCUACAGCUUUCCCUGUACCCCCUUUUCCACGUGAGGCAACUUGGAUGAGGCUAUAGCUUGAAGUACAGUCGCAGUUUUUUGGGUGUUGCAAGGUCAGAUUUUUGAUUGUGUUUUUGGUUGGGGGGGUCUUGAAUGAGGCAAAAUCUGCUUUUGACCCUCCAAGGAUGUUAGGUAUCUGAAGAGCCCUUGUGUAAUUUAAAAGCAAGACACAUUUAAAGUUUAAAUAAAAGAAAUAAAACCAUUGACAUUGCACUCUUUUUGCAAGUCUGCAUAUGUAAUCUACAUAAUGUCUCACCUAUUGAUAAAUAAUGAGAAAAAGGAAGUUGACAGACUGCAACAUGCUAUGUCCAUGUACACCCUGACAAUUGUAGUAAUAGCUACCGCGUUGGUCCUGUUGUAGUUUUUAAAGGGCUACACAAUACCCACUAACCCUCCACUGUUCUGGAUAUACCAAAAAUAGUUUUUCUUUCAUCUAAUCUUUUAUUGUAGUCAAAUUAAAGGUUUUUUUUCCUUCUGAUACUUAUAUUCUGUUGUUUAUUUUCUCUUUGUGAUUACCAUUAUUUAGCUUUCUGGUUUUACGAUGCAUUUGACGUAUUAUCUCAAACUCUGUGGAAGCAUAUAGUAGUGUUUGAAGUCUACAGGAAGUGCAGUACAGGUGGACCCCUUUCAGACUGCCUCAAAAUGGCCGUUUUGUCCCAUCAACCUUCAAUUUAUUUUGGUUAUUCUGAAACAAUUUUAUUUUCAAAUGCAAGUUAGCAGCCAUGUUUAACAUCCGAGUAGUAGUUAUUUAUACACACCCGUAUCAAGGAACCGCCAGAGGUGGAUUUUCUGAACAGCGUAGGCAUUUUGUCUGGCUUUCCUCUUUAUUCCAUCUACUCCAGGCCUCCCAAAGAGCACAACGCAGCAAGAUUUUUCCUGGGUGACCAUUGGAAGGAAAACGGCAAGGCUCCUCUACAUCCCCAUCAAGGUUUGAAUGUCUCAAACCAGAUCCUCAAACAGAAAACAGACAAAGCAUGUCAUACCAUGCAGAUGUGCCUUGGGUCAGUGUUAAACAUGUUUUUUUCUUUUCUUUUUCUUUUUGGUCCUGUGCUUUCCACCCUUCAUUUACCCACUAAAAGGACUUGAUUGUCUGUCUUGAAUCAGUUGAAUUAGUUCUUACUGUUUUCAAAGUAGGGGAAAAGAUUCAUCGGCUUCACCCAGCACAACACCUGCUCUUGUACUGUUAGGAUUGUUUCAAAUUUUUUUUUAUGUUAGCACUGUUUAUUAUUAUUCUAACUAUUAUUGCGUAAAAAUGAACAGUUCUCACAUUGUCAAACCUAUGUGGAAAUUAAUUGAAGCGCUCCUCAGUGGAGUCAUUUUUGAAUCUCAGGGUACAUUGAAGCAUUACAGAAUUCUCGCCAGAUAUGACAAGGGUCAUGGCUGAUGUUGCAAAGAAAC